AUGAAACGAAAUGAGUCGUUGAAGAGCGUCCAAAGAUUUUCGCGGCAAAGUCGCAGCGAGCAGCGGCCGGCGCUAGCGCUUAGCUUUCGUCAGAAUUCGCUUACAAUCAGCUCUUUAGCUCAACAAGCUGCUUUUAUAGCUGAAAAAGCUUAUAAGGAAGAAGAAUCGGAUCCAAAUCGUCAGACUGAAGCCGUUUCAUAUUUCAAGCUAUUCAGAUUCGCUCAAAGAUGGGAGUUCGUGAUGCUGUUCGCGGGUAUUAUAUUCGCGUGUCUCAACGGACUGUUCGUUCCCGUCGGUGUGAUCAUCUAUGGAGAGUUCACAUCACUACUGAUAGAUCGUACCGUCAUGAAUGGCACCUCUACUCCUACACUUACCAUCAAUUGGUUCGGCGGUGGUAGGAUUCUUACAAACGCCAGUCGGGAAGAAAAUCGUCGUGCGUUGAUAGAAGACUCACAAGCUUUUGGUAUAGGAUGCACCGUGUUCUCUGUACUACAGUUUCUGUGCGGUGUAAUCAGUGUCGAUCUUUUUAAUUAUGCCGCAUUAAGACAAAUUGAGAGGGUUAAAGAACGAUUUUUACAAUCAGUUCUCCGUCAAGACAUAACGUGGUAUGAUCUAAAUACAUCUAUGAAUUUUGCUACUAAAGUAUCUGAUGACGUUGAAAAGUAUCGCGAGGGUAUCGGUGAGAAAGUUCCCAUGUUGAUCUAUCUGGUGAUGUCUUUUGUGACGGCUGUACUUAUAUCCCUGGCAUACGGCUGGGAACUGACCCUUGUUAUAUUAUCAUGUGCUCCUGUUAUCAUUAUUACUACGGCUGUUGUUGCUAAGGUUCAAUCAUCACUGACUACAAAAGAAUUAAAGGCGUAUAGCAUAGCUGGAGUUAUCGCUGAAGAAGUCUUAGCUUCUAUAAGAACAGUAGUUGCGUUUGGUGGUGAAGAAAAAGAAAUUGAGAGGUACCAGGAGCGUUUGGCUCCGGCUAAGAAAACAGGUGUAAAGAAAGGAAUAUAUUCUGGUAUAGGCAGUGGUGUGAUGUGGUUCAUCAUUUACGCUACAUACGCACUAUCUUUCUGGUACGGAGUUGGUUUGAUCCUAGACAGCCGGCAUCUGCCAACUCCAGUUUAUACGCCAGCGGUGCUUAUGAUUGUAUUCUUUAGUAUUCUCCAAGGUGCACAAAACGUUGGUUUAACUGCACCACAUCUUGAAGCCAUAGCAAAUGCAAGAGCAUCAGCGGGGGCGAUAUUCGCUGUUCUUGAUAGAAAACCGGCGAUAGACAGUCUUUCAACUGAAGGAACAACUCCAGUACUGGACGGAGAUUUAGAACUAAAAGAUGUUUACUUUAGAUAUCCAGCCAGAAAAGACGUUCAGGUACUAGAUGGUCUUAGUCUAAAAAUAAAUCGCAAUGAGACUGUAGCGUUAGUGGGUGCGAGUGGUAGCGGUAAGUCUACGGUGUUACAACUAUUGCAAAGGAUGUACGACCCGGAUGUUGGGUCAGUGACCGCUUCCGGUCAUGAUCUACGUGAUAUUAACGUCAGGCACUUCAGGAACCAUAUUGCUGUUGUGGGACAAGAACCGGUUCUGUUUGCGGGAAGUAUUAAAGAAAAUAUAAGGAUGAGUAACCCAACUUGUACAGAUGACGAGAUUAUAAUGGCGUCUAAACAAGCUUACUGUCACAGUUUCAUUAAACACUUGCCAAAUGGUUACGACACAAUGAUCGGUGAGCGCGGUGCUCAGUUAUCUGGUGGUCAAAAACAACGGAUAGCCAUCGCUAGAGCUUUAGUUCGAAAGCCCAAAAUCCUUAUUCUAGAUGAGGCUACAUCAGCGUUGGACUCACAGAGCGAGGCGAAGGUACAGCGGGCGUUGGACGCAGCGGCUUACGGAAGAACAACAAUCAUGGUCAGCCACAGAUUAGCAACAGUACUAAAUGCAAACCGAAUAGUAUUCAUUGAGAAAGGUGAAGUUUUAGAAGAAGGUACUCAUGAAGAACUUUUGAAUCUAAGAGGUCGUUACUACCAACUGGUGCUAGAAAAUGAACCCAGUAUAGCACCGAAUUCAGAUUCUGGACAACGUAAGCUUAUUUACACUAAUAAUAAUACUGUCACAGAUCCUAAAUUUCGAAGAUCGAAAUUGACCAAAAUGGUAUCUCUUGAUUCUAUGAAGAGUGAUUCAGUAGAUGAAGACUCUGGUUCAGAAGACAGUGUUGUGAUAGAAGAGAAGGAAGAAAAAGAAUUUGAACCGACCACGUGGCAAAUUCUCAAAUUAUGUGAACCAGAAAAAUAUCUUAUGUGUAUUGGAAUCUUUGCUGCUUUUGCCGUGGGAUCAUCUUUUCCGUGCUUUGCUAUUCUAUUUGGUGAGACUUAUGGUCUCUUGGAAAGCAAAGAUGAAGAUUACGUUCGUCAAGGUACUAACUAUAUAGCAGUAUUCUUUCUGAUGGUAGGGAUUUACACUGGGAUUGGUAUCUUCUUUCAAAUAUUUAUUUUCAACUUAACCGGAGUCCGCCUCACUGCUAGGUUAAGGGUGGCAGCUUUUCGUGCGAUGCUUCGUCAAGAGAUAGGUUGGUUUGAUGACGCGGUGAACGGCGUCGGCGCUCUUUGUUCACGAUUAGCAGCGGACGCGGCCGCCGUACAGGGAGCUACAGGCACGAGAAUAGGUGCUCUAAUGCAAGCAUCAGCUACGAUCCUCAUAGGCAUUCUAGUGUCAAUGUAUUACACGUGGAAGAUGACGCUAGUCUCCUUGGUAUCUGUGCCGAUGGUGAUUAUAGCGGUGGUGCUUGAAGGACGGGUGCUGGCUGAAGGCAUCGCGGCCAUCAGAGAGGCUUCAAACAAAGCAACGACGAUAGCUACAGAGGCCAUUACUAACAUACGGACUGUGUCUGCUUUCUACUAUUGCUUGGUCAAUGGACAUGUAAUGGCAUGUAGUGAUUCAGGCGGCGAGGAGGGUACGUUGUCCCGCUACAAGAAAGCUGGUGGUGCAGCUCGUGUUGCAGCUCGGUCCAGCUUGAGGUGGAGAGGUGCUGUGUUCGCUUUCGGACAAACCGCCCCUGUAGCUGGGUACGCGCUUGCUCUGUGGUACGGAGGAGUAUUGGUGGCUUAUGGGGAAGUUCCCUAUAAAGAUGUCAUUAAGGUGUCUGAAGCUUUGAUUUUUGGAGCGUGGAUGAUGGGUCAAGCGCUGGCUUUCGCACCGAAUUUCGGAGCUGCAGUACUAGCGGCGGGGCGAGUCAUGACGUUACUUGCAAGACAACCGCUAGUAGCUGAUACUCACGCGCCCUCCGUUCCUGAAGCUUACGUAGCUGAAGGUAAAAUUCAGUACAAGAACAUAAAAUUCCGAUAUCCGACUCGACGCGAGGUCCAAGUACUUCGCGGAUUAUCCCUAUCAGUUUCCGUGGGCCGUCGUGUAGCACUUGUGGGACCCAGCGGGUGUGGGAAGUCCACGCUUAUACAGCUACUGCAGAGAUUAUACGAUCCAGAUGACGGAAAUGUGUACUUAGACGAUCACAGCAUAGUAGGCGACAUGCGUCUUUCAACUCUCCGUCGUAAUCUCAGUAUAGUGUCCCAAGAGCCAGUUCUAUUUGAUCGGACGAUUGCAGAGAACAUUGCCUAUGGAGACAACACCAGAAACGUCCCUAUUGAAGAUAUAGUUUCUGCUGCGAAAGCCGCUAACGUACAUUCGUUUAUUGCUGCUUUACCUAAUGGUUAUGAAACACGGAUCGGUGCUCGUGCGUCCCAACUGUCCGGUGGGCAGAAACAACGUAUUGCUAUAGCGCGAGCUCUUGUUCGUGAUCCGCGCGUGUUGCUGCUCGAUGAAGCGACCUCUGCACUCGACACACACAGCGAGAGGGUGGUACAAGAGGCGUUAGAUCGUGCAAGUGAAGGCAGAACAUGUCUCAUAAUAGCCCAUAGACUUGCCACCAUACAAAAUGCUGACGUAAUUUGCGUCAUAGACCAAGGAGUUGUCGCUGAAAUGGGGACCCAUAGAGAACUUAUAGCAUUGAAGAAGAUUUACGCGCGACUGUACGAAUUACAAUGCGGAUUUAUAGAAGAAAGCGAAGAAAACUUGCCCGAAGAAGCCGAGUAG